GAGUUACAGACCUGAGCCUAUCCGCGUACCAAAGGAGCUAAACCACUAUAUUUACACAUAGACAGACAGGUAGGAAAAACCUCACUAUUCCAAGGCAACGGAGCUUAAGAGAUUUGAGUCCACCCCCGUGCAAGGUUUAAGAAAGGUCCUUGUCGGAUGAAAGCAGUCAAAGAUGGAGCAAUACCCGUAUGAUAAUGUUUAUAGGUGCUGAGAGGAUAAAAGAGCUGGGGCAACCCUCCUUCGUCGCUAAAUCAAAAGGGAGAACCCAACAGAUUCCUGAAGGGACCUGUUCUCCUUGUGGAAGCAUUAUGUACUGCACCCACUUAAAGACGCUGCAGCUGGUCGUCAUGGCAACGCUGUGGGUGACACCAGUGAGGGCGGGGACAGACUGCAGGUAUGGCUGCCGACUAAACAACAUGACCAUCACCGUGGAGAGAGAGGACUGUCACGGAAGCAUCACCGUCACCACCUGCGCCGGCCUGUGCGAAACAACGGACCUGAACUAUCAGAGCACAUGGCUGCCGCGCUCCCAGGGGGUGUGUAACUUCAAGGAGUGGUCCUACGAGAAGGUCUACCUGGAAGGCUGUCCAUCCGGGGUCAACCCCCUCUUCAUACCCGUUGCCAAGAGCUGCGAUUGCAUCAAAUGCAAGACGGACAACACCGACUGUGAUCGCAUAAGCAUGGCAACACCCAGCUGCAUAGUAAACCCACUAGAAAUGUAAUACUGUAGAGUUAGGCUGUUGCAGCAGCCACAGUUUGUUUAGCAAUGGUUUGACUAUUCUAUGGUAUCGUUUCCAUUGUUGAUGUGCUAUUGCAAUAAAACACUACUUUGAGUAAGUCUAAAAGUA